AUGCGCAUUGCCCAGGCGAUGCUCCGAGAUGAUAUCGUUUGCGGCCUUGGAACGACGUUUGGCGGUCGUCGGUCCGGUUCCGAGGACCGUCGCGCCACUCGGCCGGAAACAGGGGAUCGUCGCGAUCGACCGCACAUAUCGGGGAAAAACCAGCGGAGGGAGCGCUUCGGAGGGGCGAGUCACAGUCGGAAGGAGGACGCGCAGUGA